CUCUCCUUUACUUUGAAAAUGUCGCUUCCAUCAGGAGUCAACAUCUCAAACGAAUGUCUCAGCACAUACAAAGAAUUCCUCCACAAAAGAGGAGCAAAUAAACCCACGUGUCUCAUUUUCAAAAUAGCCGAGGACGAACAAUCCAUAAUCGUGGAAGAGAGCUCUUCUGAGAAGAACUACGAAGCAUUCCUUCAAAAACUCACUACUGCAUUUGACCGCCAAGGGAAUCAUACACCUCGGUAUGCGGUAUACGACGUGGAAUAUGAUUUGAAUGAAGAUGGGAAAAGAACAACAACCGUUUUCAUCAGCUGGAUGCCUGAUGCGACACCUACCCGAUUGCGGAUGUUGUAUGCUUCAACCAAGGAGCAGCUUCGAAAAGCGCUUGAUGUUAAAGUCUCGAUUCACGCGGAUGACUUGCAUGAUAUUGAAUGGAAGACGGUGUUGAGGGGGGCGAGUGGUGGACGGCUUUGA